CCCGGCGACGCUCGCACCAGACACUGCUGUAUCCGUCUCGUUUUUUCCAGCCACGAAAUCGGUGAACCGCGCGUUUAUCUGUACAUUUACCGCGGAUGUACGUGAACCCGGAACCAACUCACAAUUUAGACAAAACAAAAAACCUCGCUAAGUGAAUCUAUUGGGUCUGCUGCUGUGCUUUCGGACCGAGCAGAUCCUUCCUCUGUGCGAUCAUUUCCUCCUAUUUGUAGAGGAAGGGUGUUAAUUUUCGAAGUGAAAUCUCAGAAGUUGGUUUACUUUCGGAACUCGUAACGUGUUGCUCUAGUUUAUCAUGUACUUAAUGUAGAGUUACUGAUAUCUAAAACACGUCUGUAAAGUGCCGCGAUCAAGCCCAUCACUGUGUAAUGUCACAGUUGUCAAAUUGGAGCCCAGAUGGGGGACAAAACAAAACCAAACCGUAGGCUAUAGCUCGCACUUCUACAGAUCCACCCAGCACGCACAUUUAUGCCAAAUAACGCAUAGGGGCAAAUCCAUCUCUCACGGAUUUCUCUUUCCAUCUCAACGGCAUAAUAUAGCCACUGAUUUAGUUUUUUUGUUUUGUUUUUCUAUGUCAAACUGUAGGCUAGGCUACUCACUGAAAGACCUUUUGCAAAACCCAGCUCUGACCGAAGCGGAAGAGGACAGUUUUUUUCUGUCUGAGAUACGGGACACUGGAUUUACCCGCUGGUGGAGACAGUGAUUGUGUGUUAGUGAGGUGAGCUGAGCAAAGGAAAUGAGCGCUCAUUGAGACCUUCUCCUGCCGUCUGACUACCCUCAGCAUCCGGUUUUGUGCAACAGAAGAAGUGGUCAACGGAUCAUGUCUCCACUGUUACGUGGAAACUAAUGCACUACCGGGUCCAGAAACCCGUCCUCUGACCCCACACACUACUUCUACAUUACCCACGAUUCCUGUCUGCAAAAAAAGUAAGGACUUAGGUGUUGAAGCCCUUAGAUGACUUGGACUUCCUUGUUUUACUAUUGAACUAUUUCAGCACCACUAACCAGUUCUUAGUUUACAACAGUGAUCUUAGAGGGACUGUAGAGGCACUGAGAGACAGUCAUAGAGUAAAGAGAGAAAAACAAAGAACAACGGAAACAAAAUGGCCAACAACACGGCGGACCACCCUCCGGGGAACUCUGUUGCCGAUGGCAACCAAGAAGGGGACUUUGGCAUCACGGUGAUGGAUCUCCGGGACCUGAUGGAGCUGAGGAGCGGAGAGGCCGUCACCAAGAUAGGCGACUCCUACGGAGACGUGCAAGGGCUCUGCCGCAGGCUCAAGACAUCACCCAUCGAGGGUCUGUCUGGUAACCCAGUGGAUCUGGAGAAGCGCCACACAGCUUUUGGGAAGAACUUCAUCCCUCCUAAAAAGCCUAAGUCUUUCCUGGCGCUGGUGUGGGAAGCUCUACAGGAUGUUACUCUAAUCAUCCUGGAGAUUGCUGCCGUCAUCUCCCUGGGCCUGUCCUUCUACCACCCUCCCGGGGGAGAUAGCGAACUGUGUGGUGAGACAGCAUCUGGAGUGGAGGAUGAGGGCGAGGCGCAGGCGGGUUGGAUCGAGGGCGCCGCCAUCUUGUUCUCUGUUGCAAUCGUUGUCUUGGUGACAGCGUUUAACGACUGGAGCAAGGAGAAGCAGUUCCGCGGGCUGCAGAGCCGCAUCGAACAGGAGCAGAAGUUCACCGUCAUCCGCAAAGGCCAGGUCAUCCAGAUCCCUGUGUCCGAACUAGUGACAGGAGACAUCGCCCAGAUCAAAUACGGUGAUCUGCUGCCAGCUGAUGGUAUCCUGAUCCAGGGCAACGACCUGAAGAUUGACGAAAGCUCUCUGACUGGUGAAUCAGACCAAGUCAGGAAGUCCCUCGAGAAAGACCCCAUGCUGCUGUCUGGCACCCAUGUGAUGGAGGGAUCAGGUAGAAUGGUGGUGUCUGCAGUGGGUCUCAACUCUCAGACUGGAAUCAUCUUCACUCUGCUGGGGGCGGGAGACAGCGACGAGGAAAAGAAGAUCAAGAAAGGUAAAAAACAAGGACCCCCCGAAAAUCGCAACAAAGCUAAGACCCAGGACGGCAUUGCCCUGGAGAUCCAACCCCUGAAGAGUGAGGUUGAGUCCGAGGAGAAGGAGCCGGAGGUGGAGGUCAAACAGGUGAAGAGGGUUCAGAUCACCAAGAAGGAGAAGUCUGUGCUGCAGGGCAAACUCACCAAACUGGCUGUGCUAAUCGGGAAGGCAGGUCUGAUCAUGUCAGCAGUGACGGUGGUCAUUCUCAUUCUGUACUUCGUGAUUGAUACGUUCGGGGUACAGGGUCGCCCAUGGCUGAAGGAGUGUACCCCCAUCUACAUCCAGUACUUUGUCAAGUUCUUCAUCAUCGGAGUCACUGUGCUGGUGGUGGCUGUGCCUGAGGGGCUGCCUCUAGCCGUCACCAUCUCUCUGGCCUACUCUGUCAAGAAAAUGAUGAAAGACAAUAACCUGGUGCGUCACCUGGAUGCGUGUGAGACAAUGGGGAAUGCUACGACCAUCUGCUCCGACAAGACAGGUACCCUCACCAUGAACCGUAUGACCGUGGUGCAGGCCUACUUGGGAGACACACACUACAAGAAAGUACCGGAACCCGACGUCAUCAAACCAUCCACACUGGAAGUCCUGGUCAACAGCAUCGCCAUAAACUCAGCCUAUACUACUAAGAUCCUGUCUCCAGCAAAGGAGGGAGGUCUGCCCCGCCACGUUGGCAACAAGACAGAAUGCUCCCUAUUGGGCUUCGUGCUGGAACUGAAGAGGGACUACCAGCCAAUCAGGGAUGAGAUUCCUGAGGAGAAGCUGUAUAAGGUGUACACCUUCAACUCCUCCCGUAAGAGCAUGAGCACGGUGCUGAAGAACACAGACGGUAGCGGCUUUCGCAUGUACAGCAAGGGAGCCUCCGAGAUCGUCCUACGCAAAUGUUCCCGUAUCCUGGACACGAACGGGGAGCCACGUAUCUUCAAGCCUAAGGACCGUGAUGAGAUGGUGAAGGUGGUGAUUGAGCCCAUGGCCUGUGACGGUCUAAGGACCAUCUGCGUGGCCUACAGGGACUUCCCUGCCGAGGCAGGAGAACCAAACUGGGACAACGAGGCCGAUAUCCUCAACGAGCUCACCUGCAUCUGUGUGGUCGGCAUUGAAGAUCCUGUCAGACCUGAGGUACCUGAUGCUAUCCUCAAGUGCCAGAGGGCUGGCAUCACUGUCCGCAUGGUUACCGGGGACAACAUCAACACCGCCCGUGCCAUAGCAACCAAGUGUGGCAUCCUGUUGCCAGGCGAGGACUUCUUGUGUCUGGAGGGCAAAGAGUUCAACCAGCUGAUCCGUAAUGACCAGGGAGAGGUGGAGCAAGAGCGUCUGGACAAGGUGUGGCCCAAGCUGCGUGUGCUGGCUCGUUCCUCUCCUACUGACAAACACACUCUGGUCAAAGGUAUCAUGGACAGCACCGUCCUCGAGACACGACAGGUGGUGGCUGUGACAGGAGACGGAACUAACGAUGGCCCCGCCCUGAAGAAGGCUGAUGUUGGAUUUGCUAUGGGUAUCGCCGGUACGGACGUGGCUAAGGAAGCGUCAGAUAUCAUUCUGACUGACGAUAACUUCACUAGCAUCGUCAAGGCUGUCAUGUGGGGCCGCAAUGUCUAUGACAGCAUCUCCAAGUUCCUCCAGUUCCAGCUCACUGUCAACGUGGUGGCCGUCAUCGUGGCCUUCACUGGCGCCUGCAUCACACAGGACUCUCCUCUGAAAGCGGUGCAGAUGUUGUGGGUUAACCUGAUCAUGGACACCCUGGCUUCCCUGGCCCUAGCCACCGAGCCCCCCACUGAGUCCCUGUUGCUGAGGAAGCCGUACGGCCGCAACAAGCCCCUAAUCUCUCGCACCAUGAUGAAGAACAUCCUGGGUCAUGCCGUCUACCAGCUCACAAUCAUCUUCACCCUCCUGUUCGCUGGAGAGAACAUCUUUAAUAUUGACAGUGGGCGCAACGCGCCCCUCCACUCGCCGCCCUCGGAGCACUACACCAUCGUGUUCAACGUGUUUGUCAUGAUGCAGCUGUUCAACGAGAUCAAUGCCAGGAAGAUCCACGGAGAGAGGAACGUUUUUGAGGCCAUUUACCGUAACCCCAUAUUCUGUAGUGUGGUCCUGGGAACCUUCGUCCUGCAGAUUGUCAUUGUCCAGGUUGGAGGGAAGCCCUUCUCCUGCACCGCCCUGACCAUCGACCAGUGGCUCUGGUGUGUGUUCAUCGGAGUGGGAGAGCUGCUUUGGGGACAGCUGAUCUCAGCCAUCCCCACCCACCACCUGAAGUUCCUAAAGGAGGCUGGCCACGGAACCCAUAAGGAGGAUGUCCCCGAAAACGAGAUGAACGAGGGGGACGAUGAAAUCGACCACGCUGAGAUGGAGCUCCGUAGGGGUCAGGUCCUCUGGUUCAGGGGCCUCAACCGCAUCCAGACUCAGAUGGACGUGGUCUAUACGUUCCAGACGGGUCAGGCUCCGGUGCCGGGGGCAUUGAGACGCCAGCCCUCAGUGGUCAGCCAGCACAACGACGCCAAAACAGUCUCUAGCCCCACCCACAUUAAGGUGGUGAAUGCAUUCCGUAGCUCUCUUUACCCGGGGCUAGAGAACCGAGAAUCAAAAAAUUCCAUCCAUAACUUCAUGGCCCACCCUGAGUUUGUUCCCCUGUCUGAGGAAGAGGCGCGGAUCCCUGACAUCGAUGAGAGCAGCAGUGAUGAGGUGGCGCUCCAGCCCAGAUCCUUCUCUGGGGGGGCAGAAGCUCCAGACGUCAGCCACGAGGCCUCCUGCUGAUCACCUCCUCUCUUCUCCUCUCUUCCGUUGUGCUCUGUCCAUCUCUCCCUGUCGGCCGGCUGGUUACCCUCCUGCACUUCCUCUCUUCCACCACCAGGAGGACAAGCGGUGCGCCCCUCAUCCCACAGAGGGUACACCCAGAGCAGGCAAGGGGUCCCAGCGUCUCCCCCUCUUCACCUACCCCUCUUCACCUACUCCUCUUCCUCCGCCUCCUCUUCCCUCCACUUCCUGAACCCUACACCUACCUCUCACCUGCCCCACCCACCCACUUUGCCAUUCCCAUGGGCUGGCACUGAAUGUGGUGUGUAUGCCCUUUAAGUAUGUACAGCAGAGUGACAUGUAGACCAUCAAAUCACAUCGCGCCCCAAACUCAUGGGUGGGAGGGGCCAUGUGGGGUCCACCAAUCUGCUCUGUCAAAGGCUGUAGCCUGUCCUACUGUCCAUCUUUGGAUUUUUUAUCUUUUUUUUGUCCUGUAACAUUUAAUUGAUUUAUUUUAACCUCAGAUAGCCCAGAACUGAAACACAACAUGUUUAUCCUUUUGUACGUGCUUAUUACACCCUGCAUACGCUAACUGACACAGCACUUUUAGAGUAUAUCUGUGUACAUACAGUAUAUAUGCUUUAUAGGCUCUUCAACACAGCUCCAAGCUGAUUUGAUGAUCAGAUGAACAUGGGCCAUGUGAUUUAACAGUUUUCAGCCACUAAGUUUUGCCACUCCAUUUCUCAACCUGUGUUUUAACUGUACUGUGUGUAUGCAUUGGAUCUGUUUUAAAGCAUGAUGUACUAAUGGGUUAUGCAGUUCAACCCAGGAACCCAUGUCUUCAUUCAUUCUGAUAAACUACAUAUUUUCAAUGA